AUGGCGAAGACAUCGUGGCCUGAGGUGGUGGGGUGGCCGGAGCUGAACGCGGCGGACCAGAUCAACAUCGACCGGCCGGACGUGUCGGUGGGGUUCUACAUGGAGGGCUCCCCGCUGCCGUCCGGGUACGACCCCCGGCGCGUAGUCAUCAUCGUCAACGCGUCCGGCGUGGUCAUCAGGACCCCCGUCGUCGGCUAG